GGCCACUGGUUAUACUGGUGUUCAUGUGAAGCUGUUCAUGUGAGCUGCUGCUUUAAAGUAACUGAGUAUAUUUACUCAACUAUAACAGAGAGUUACUUCAAGUAUUCAAGAGGGAAAUACUAUACCACAGUAAAUACUUGUUUAGUCUCUUUACUUUGACUGGUUUAGUUACUAGUUACUUUUAGCCCUGGCGCAUGUGACAGAUUCAUCAAAUAAAAACUUUUGAAUAAAUCUUACAUCAAAGAAACCAAACGUAAGUUGUUGUUUUGUUGGUUUUAUUAUCAGUGUCAUUCAGCUGAUUAAAGGAACAUGUUGACAGAUGUUAGAUGUUUGUGAAGAUGGUUUCUGGUCGGGCUGAGGGAGACAGUCUCACUUCCUGUUGAGCGUCAGUCAUCAGGUCGUCUGUUUACGACAUCACCUCGAGAAACAGGAAGUGCAGAGCACUUCUCUCCGAGGAAGACGAGGUCGGUUGAGACGGGUCUCGUGGUGAUGGUGGUGAUGGUGGUGCUGGUGGUGCUGGUGGUGGUGGUGAUGAUGAUGAUGGUCUGUGCUGAGGCUCUGCAGGUGAAGAAGGUGGAGCUGGGUCAGGACGUGACGUUGACCUGCUCUAGGAACGCUUCAUACUGGAGCAUGGAGAUCCACAGUCAGCUGAUCUGCUGCAUCGCUCACAUCUUGACGGCUUCUGAAGCUUCCUUCAGCUGCCCCAGCUUCAGGUCCAAGUUCUCUCUGCUCAGAACCUCUCUGACCAUCUCCAACGUCAGCGCUGACGACUGCAGACGCUACUUCUGCUCCAGGAAGAGCCAGGGCAGCCUCGUUCACAUCGACACCUUCCAACUGGUCUCAGGUGUUGUAUCCACGCCAGCCUCCAACAUGUCUGAAGCCCUGUGGACGACCUGUCCCGCGAUGUUCGCGUCUCUCAGCCUGAACAUCGUCUUCAUAGCUACCAUGAUAUGAGGAGAUCCCGUUUUACUCGUCCUCAGUUCUUCCACCUGCUGCUCCAGAGUGCGUUUACUACAAAGCUCAGCUUCCUGCUCCACACUGACUGUCUGUACCUGGUCUGUAGCUGUACUCGACUGGUCUGUACCUGGUCUGUACCUGGUCUGUACCUGGUCUGUAGCUGUACUCACCUGGUCUGUACCUGGUCUGUAGCUGUACUCGACUGGUCUGUACCUGGUCUGUAGCUGUACUCACCUGGUCUGUAGCUGGUCUGUAGCUGUACUCACCUGGUCUGCUCACCUGUCUUAUUUAUAUUAAAAGAUUUUCUAUUGAAGAGAUUUUCUGUUCCACUUUCUCAGUUGACAAUUUGUCAUUAAACCUUUAUUUUAUAUCUUGCUCCUGGUAAAGAAGAAAACAACUGGGGAUAAUCUAUGUAAAUGAUCAUUUAUAAUUUAAUAAAUUAUGUUUAAAACACAAAUGGGUAAAUAUUAGGGUUGAGCCGAAUACUGGGAUGAAGCGAGUAUCCGGUACAGAUAAUGAACUUUCACGAGCACGAGUACCACUCAGAGUAAAAAGUCAGUAUCCGUACUCGUGAUGAAUGAAAAAGUUCACUGCUGCUGCACACAACACAAUGUUGUCGUUGUCACAGCCGCUCUGUCCACAGGGAUACUAACGCACACACACCACAUUAUUAACGUUGUGUUUAACUUUGUGUAGAAAUAAAAAAUACAUCACCCCCCCCAAAAAAAUCUACGACAGGAAGUAAAAAAGGCCGGUGGUCAGUCAAACACACAAACAUCACACUGUACAAUGAGUAUGAAAUCCUGCUAUGACUUAAUACUUCUUAAUAUUGCAUGUGGUGUUCAUUGAGUCACUGAAGUUUAUUUACCGAAGUGUACAAACAACUUGUUCUGAAUGGUUGUCUUACUCUUGUCUGGUCAUAGAAGUUGUUGAAAUCAUGAAUAAAUUGAGAUAAAGUUGUUUGACUUGAAGUUCGAAGAAAUCUUAAAACAGGAAGUAGCAGGAGUGAGGUUGAGUAGAGUUUAAGGUGUGAAGAAGAAUGUGGCCUGUGGUUGAUAAAUCUGAAGUGACUCACUUGUUCUGUAAAAUACUUUCUGUUUGUCAAAGUGCUGAGUUUCCAUCUAAUGAUCCUCUCGACCUUUGUUUGAUUUAACUUGACAAACAAUCAUUCAAAAUCUGCACCAAAUAACAACCAGAUUUAAAGAGCAGGUUUUUGUUUAUUCUGUUUUAGUCACAUUAACAUAUAGUGAACAAAUAUUAGUGUCGACUGUGUAUAAAGGGACUUAGUUUUGUGAAUCCCAUCGUAUUAAGAUGAACCAGAAUUCACAUUAACUUCGUAAAUUCAGCUUCAACCUUUCAGUAAGAUUUCGUUAUUAAGUACGUUCACACCGAAGACUUUAUAUAUAAAGGUUCACAAACGUGAGAUGUUUCCAACUGUGGCUGUGAUCUUUUUAUCUACUUAGAUUGUGUGUCUCUGGAAUUGUGAGUUAAUAAAGUUCAGUGUUUCAGAAUUAGAAUUCUUUUAUUAGCCAAGUUUAUUGUCACAUACAGGAAGUUAACUAACCCAGUUUCCAUGAGAAGCCGGCACAAGAAAAACGUAUUUUCUAUUAUUAAUACAGGUCACUUUCAUUCUUUUUCACAAAUUACAUCAAAAAAUCAAUUAAUUUCUGUUUUACAUUUAAAUGACGUCAGUGAACUAUGUACAAAGUAAAUAAAAGAGAUUUAUUAAAACAGA